CUGAAUGCCAGCUCAUGAGCCUGCUGGCCACAGAGAUGUCUACUCCUAUUGAGAACCUGCUGAUACUAUUCACCUUUGCAGCCUCCCAUGGACAUGAUUCCCAGGUAUUUGCUGCCAGCCAUGCACUGGUCUGUGUGUUAAACCAAUCUCCCCAAGUUUCCCAGAGCACUCUCUGGUGCUUGAAUUAAAGGAUUUAGUGGACAGCAGUUCCAAGUUUGCCUUACCCAUCACCUUCAUGUUUUUGUGAACUUUGUACAUAACCCCUCAGCCUUCUCUCCUCUAAACUAAGGAGCCUUUUUAGUCUCUCCACAUGAAGUGGCCGCUUCACCCCCAGUCAUUUUCAUUGCCCUUUUCUGUAUCUUCUACUUCAGUACAUCCUUCUUGAGAUGCAGAGUCUUGAACUGCACCCAGUACUUAAUGUAUGGGAGAAAUAAGGUUCUUGGUCUCUCUUUAUCCUAAAAAGAAAAUGAAAAAGAGUACAAAAUGACUUAAAGGUAAACCCCAUUAUGCACUAAAUAGAGUCAUGUUAUACCAUGAACACCAUAGUAAUCUCACUAGUAGUGUCCUGUGAGUACCCUUAGUUCAAACAAGGCUCACAGUGGGAGAGAUUUUGUCUGUAUGACAUCUGCUAAGUGCUCUGGUGACUGCAGCACACAUAGGUUGCCUCCUGAGUCAGAAGCUGAUUAAAAAUAUGAGCCUGAGUAACAAACCCUGUGCUCAGGCCACCCAUCUGUCAAGUACAGAUGCAUGGGUAAGCUUCACACACUCCCCAGGUGUGAUGUACAGUUGAUUGGCUAAGCUUUUUUAUCUCUUUAAGAUAACAAUUUUAUGUGUCUAUUUAUUUUAGUACUUGCUGUCUUUACUUGGAAGUUUGAAAUCUACAAAUUGUGAAUACCACAGUUAAUUCAAACUGUGGCUAUUUGAGGGGCAGAAAGGAAAAAAUAAAUCAUUUAAGGCUCAUUUUACACUGACAAACCACAGCCAGCACUAGAGGCAUGUUAUGCCAAUUCAGACAUGUUGCAAGGAACUUUUCCUGCUCAAAGAACUUGCAAUCAAAAUGGGCAAGGGAGGAAGAGGGAGAACAGGACCAGUGAGGUGAAGGGUGAUGCUACACAGGAAAACAGAGAGAUGUAAAGACUGGCUCUUUUAUUUCAAGAUUUACAGUCUUAGAAGGAAGAUUUUUCACACAAGAAAAAUAUCUUCAAACACUCCUGUCUUUGUCCUCCCUGACCCUCUAAUCUCCUUGUCAAAAAAUCCCGCAGCUCCUUAGAAAUUUGCUCUCAGAAGUCACCUGUGAGUAUACCACAGCUAUUCCUGCUUUGCAGGAAGACAGUGAAACAACUCACUCAGGCUGGAGCCAUAGCUCAGACUGCCAACCCCCUUGAUCCAAAACCACAGCACUGUCAGGUCUGAUUCCUGGCCCAGUCCCCAUCCCAGCGCAGGUCAGCACGGUGGCACAGCAGGGAAGUGGCUCUUGACUAGCAGCUGACCCUCUGCUCUGCCAGCAUGAAUGUGAGUCACCUCUGAAACCACUCAGUGCUUCCCAGGGAACCCAGCAUGGCAAAAAGCACUCAGGACCAUAUUGGUCGUGGUCACAGGGAUAACCACCAGUAUCUCUGGGUUUGCUGAAGGCUUGCACUGGUGUUCACAGAACAGGCUUUUUGCUCCUUAUGGACCCUUAGAGCUUUCUCUUUCUCCUUGGUUUCACUUCUCUUUUUGAUCCCUCUUCAAAGGUAUGUGGCUGCACUUUACAAACAGUGAUCAGCUGUGUACAAAAAAGGGCCAUCCUCUGCAGUGUACCAGCAUAUGAGGGAGUAGCUCACAUUUUUGGUGCAACUGCAAAACAACAGCACUUGAAUGCCAACAUAAACACCUGAAACGGUGUGUUUGGGCUCCACUGCCAUCAUGAGAGUUCUUGUAGCUCCCGCUCCCUUGUGUGCAUCCUCCCAGGCCACCUGCGGCAGCUGGGAUGACACCUAACAGAUACAGCAAGAAGCACUGAGUCCUGUUGUUUUACCUGCCACCUUAACACUCACACAGGGAAGGCACUCCCUGGAAAGCACCCUGUUUGAGCCCCAGCAGGUGGGAGCCCGUAGCUUUUUGUAUUAAGGAGUUUGGGAGAGUUGUAUUAAUCUGCUGCACGGCCACGUCAUCUGACAGCCUUGGUUGCCAAGCUGUGAGCGAGCAGGCAGCACGAAGUGUACCAAAACCUAAUGAUGUACUACCAACAUCCACGCCAAAGACAAGGCCAUUUAGAGCAGAGAGACAAGCUGAGUUAGCAUAAAAGAAGAGGCAUCAAUCACCAUUCCCCCAAGACAAUGGCGAUAAUUUAAUGGCUGUUUUUUAAGAAGAACUGACACUAUACAAAGAUUGAGGAGAAAGGUCUGGUAGGCUUCACCUGCAGCUGAGAGCUAUUUGUUCCCAUUGUGCCAACCAGAGCGAGGUUUGAAAUGGCAAUUUCGGCAGCUGGCAUCAUAUGCAUCAAGUUAUGCAAGCAACUAAGGGUUUACUUUAAAUCGCUAGAUUUUCUGUCUCAGGCUGUUAUUAGUCAAGCUUGAGUGACUUUACUAAUGAAUUAACUUUCUGUUGAAUUUUAAGUUAAACUGCAGGGCUCUGUAGUGUGAUUUUUCUUCUGUUAAAAUCAUUUAGCUGUUUUGGAAUUAUUUCCCUUUACUAAUUCUGUAACACUUUUUCUAUCAGGUUCAUAGAGAUCAAAUUCAGACUUAGGACAAGAAUUUGCAAACCUAUUACAUUUAUCUCAGUUAUAUUCACAUACUAGAACCUUAUAUUUGACACUAUUUUGUUUUUAGAGGAAUGAAUCUUCGCAGACAUCCUUACACAUGGUGUAAGGUGACUCUACAUAAUCAAACCAAAAGUACCCAGAAAACUGAAGUCAUCAAAGUAGAUUCACUCUAAAAGAGUACAAAAAUAAGGCUGAAGGGGUUUUCAAGCAGUCUUUUAGUACAAACCAUCACCACAAAACACAGUCACCCUUACCUGUCAGUUGGUGGUUUCUGCAAGCUGUUUGGACAGCACACACUUCUCCAGCACAGCUCCACUCCUUCACUGUUCAUACUGUUAGCAAGUGUUUCUAGUGUCUUAUGAGAGCCUCCACACUGCACCUAAGUAUGUUAUUUCAUGUCCUAUAUGGGCAUGAAGAGCAUUUUGCUCCUUUGCAGCAGUUCCUGUAAUGUUUGAAAAAUGUUAUCAAAAAAUCCCCUGGCAUACACUAGAGUAACUCCAGUUUUUUCAUUAUAUAUCACACUUUCCAAACUUACUGUCAUUCUUAUUGUCUUCUUCUGGGCUCUCUGCUUUACCUGCACCUUCCCAGGUGUGCAGGUCCCAGUUCUGAGUGGAAGAGUUAGAGGGAGAGUUAGUCAGUGUCCAGCUCACCCUGUAGCUCUCCUCACCAGAUGUUUGAAUAAACACCCCCUGUUUUGCCAGAGACCUUCUCAAGAUUCCACCUUAAACAACAUAUUUGGCUUUUGCAGUCUUCAAGGAAAAUGUGGUAAGGACACUGAAAUAUUUUGAAACAUACUUAGAAACAAGCAGUGUUCAAGGUCCUGCAGUGAGAACUUACAGGACCCAUCAAUCCCAGAACUGUUUAGUUUAUUUAAGAGCUUUUAGUUUUAUUUUAGCUUUUUUGAGCUGAAUCUUUCCAUUUGCUCCAGCAGCUAUGGCUCUGGUCUGGUAACCCUUUUUAGUGAUAGCUGCUGAAACGUAUGCCAGGAUGAUAGCAAGCUUCUUUAACCAUAUUGAAGGGUUUCUAAAAAAAUUGCUGGUUUUCACAGAUGUUUUCUUUCUUUUUUUUCUUUUUCUUAUAUUAGCUUCCAUUUCUACUCUGCUCAUCCAAACUCCCUCAGCAUGAGCUUCAUGAGCAUGAUGGGCCAGAGAACAAACUUAGUCCAUCAUCUGCCCUGUGGUCAUCGUUAUGAGUGGGACUUAGUAGGCCCAGCCUACUGCUACCCUUGUGUAUGGUUCAUUGAAUUCAGUCCACCUACACACCACAGCUAUCCCAGACAGAGUGACAAUUUCAUGCAACACUGGAAUGUGAAACAAGCAACUUGGUGAUGAGCAUCUCACAUACUGGAGAUGGGGCAGCUCUGGGUCAGCAGUGAUACAGCAAUAAUAGAAAAGCUCUGUGUUUAUCUCAGACUUUUUCUUCUGCCUUGUCAGUAUGAAGAGGAGGCAAUUUUGGUUCUACAUUCAGAUUUCAGGUACCAGUCCAAAUGUAGCUUACCUAUCAGGGCCUGCCCCAUAGAGUUCUAGCCUUGAGUCCCUGUUCAGACCCAAAUUUGGAUUAUACCUGCACUGAGAAGGCUUGCGAGGAGACAAAAGCACCCAUGUCUGUGAAUAAGUUUGUCCGACUGAUGUUGAAUGUCCAACCUGACCUUUCUAAGUCUUUCACUCUGCUACAUUGCUCAGACCACUGCAACUUCCAGGGAAACAUGCUUCAGCAAAGCCUCUGGUACCUGCUCAGGAAAGAGCUCUUUAAAAUUUUUUAAAGAAUGUCUCAUGUGCUUCAGGGUUUAAUGUAAUCAGUGCAUCACCUGAAUACCUGCCUUAUAGUUCUCAGGUAUGACUUUAAGGUGCUACAUUUUGACUAUUUGGUCUUCAGAACCACAUAAAUCUUGUCUUCCUAAUAAAUAUUUGUCCUAUAAAUUGCCCAUGGUUACUAAAGAGGCCACUGCCAGAUCAAGAAAAGGAGCUAAUGACUUCCUAUCAUUCUUCCAUUCAUUCUUAGCUACUGAAAUAUCAGCAGGAACAUCAGGAGCAGUUUAGGACUUCUGACUGUGCUGGAAAUGGAAAUUAUCCCAAUCUGCUUUGCAUAGAGGACUGAGGACAAUACUUUGUGUCAGCUUUAUAAAAUCAAAGCUCAAGUGCGAUUGUUACAGUCCUUGAGAUAACUCCUGGCUGAGUCACUAAUGCCUUGGAAUGGAAAGAUCAUGUCUGUCUCGCUUGUAGCAGGGAUCAGGUGGUAUGUUUGGGUCACCUUGGUGGUGUACUCAUGCAGCUGCUUGGCAGUUGAGCUGCCACAAGUUAGACCAACUUGCAAGUCCUCAGAGAACCAGAAGGAGCUGAAAAAUCCCAGACCUUUCUGUUCCUGCACGAACUGUCAGAGUACCCAUUCUAUUGUGUGGUUUUGUGGGGGUGUUUUUUGUCACAUUUCCCCAAAGAUAGAAUCCCUGUCAUGAGAACAAAAGCAUGCCUGAAUUUAGAACUCCAAAAGGGUUAGUCCAGAUUUACUGGACUUCUAUACAAGUAGAAAUCGGAAAAAUUCCGUUGAAGUUACUGGGUUUGAUUCCCAAGACUUGCACUGGGAAGACUUGUCUGUGCAUGUUCGAUAACUAUCCAGACCAGAGGGGUUAGCACACUGCUGAUUGAGGCCACCUAACUAUCUACAAAGACAGAAGCUUCACUCAGACUAGAGUAAUGAUGGUACAAAAUUGGAGACUGGCCAUUUCCCCCCUUCCAGGAGGGUGGAGGUAGUGGGCAGAACUUUCACUGGUGGAACUAGAAGAUAAAGGAUCCCCAGCCGUUUCUUCCAGCUUCAUGCACUUCUACGGUGUUAUGACAAUCUCUGUCUGAAAGUUUGCCCCUACGAAAUACUUUAUAUAAUAUGAUUACAGUUAUGUUUUAUAAUUUGCAAUUAAGUAGAUAUGCCAUCAGCUGGCUCUCCAUGAGGUUGCUGCACUUACUCUGAAAUGUUAUAAUCUCUUAGAAUACACUGAAAGAGUAGGUGGAAUCUGAAGUGACCUUAUUUUUACUGGAGUUUUAAUUAAGCUUUCAAAGCCAAAUAGGUGAAGCCAUGAGCAGAUGGUGUGGAAUCACACAUCACUUGUGCAAAUAUCUAAGCUUUGGCCAAAGGAAUAACAGUGACACCAAUAUGGUUCAUUUGAGCAAACACACAGAAAUACUUGGCUUAGACAAAUGCAUAGCGAAUUAUUUUAGGUUUUUCCAAGGAAGUUUAUCAGAUUGGCCAUCAAUCAUCUAAACUGACCAAGGAUACAGUGUCUUUGCAAUAAGUGUUCAUGCUUGUCGUCAUUAACAUCAUUUAGAUUUUAGACUUUUUCUAAUUAAGAAAGGUUCCCACCAGCAACAGCAAAAAUCCCCACCACCUCUUUCAUUAUCUCAGCUUUUCUUCCCUUUAAUUACUAUUGAGCUCCUGGCUGAUUAAAUUAGGUUUUUUAGGUCUUUUCUGAAAUCUUAGGGAAAUUAUCUAAAAAUCAUGAAAUCAAUUCCCUUACGCUGUUUUAAUCUUUUAUGUUUUGGGCUCCAAGAGGGACGGGCGGACAAGUGCAGCCCCUCAGAAAAGUGUGCAGCACUAGACUGCUUGCCAGCCUUCUAUUGCCUUUGUGGACCAUCUGGGUCAAUUUCCUUCCAACUAAAUGAAAUGCAAAUAAAAAUUCCAGCAGUUUUUCAGCUGCAGGCUGCCCAGCUGAUUAGCAUGACAGAGGCCGGGAGAUGAGGCCUGACCCUGUGCACUUCCCCUCAUCUCAUUAAGUUGUAACUCUACCGUGGCUGCAUUCAUGGUGUUUAUUGACGCUGAAAGGCGUCUUUAUCCAAAACUAGCUAAAUUCACAUUCAGAGUUUUUCCAUGAAGGCUAGCCUGCUACAGCAUCCACAUGAAAGUGAACCUAUUGUAACUUGGUGAUGUGUCCUGCUGAUUCCUUAACAAUCUGAGCUUUCUCCAAAAAUGUUAGAUUCGCAAGUUAAAGUUCCAUUAAAAAAAAAACAAACCCACAAACCUAAGCCCCAAACAUUUUAACAACUUUGUAGUUUAAAACAUAGAGCAUAUAAACAAAUCUUAUUGUGGUGAUGACAGUGUGUGUAUUAAACUGUACACAUGAGGAGACAAUCCUGCCAAAGUACAGUAACGAGCAAGUGCCUAUAUCAUGUAGGACUGCAGACAAUGGGGUAUUAUACAUAUUCUCACAUCCAUCAGCCUGGAGAAGGAUGUAAGAUUCAUGAAGGCAACAUCUUCAGCAAUUUAUAGUGCUCUGAGAGUCACAGCUGGACAAUGGAGAGAAAUAAACCUUCCAGCUGCCCAGUAUUUCAUGUCUUGUCACAACUCUACAUUAAAGAAAGGGAAAUACUGUAGAACCAAAGUCUGGUGGAAAUGAGCAUAAUAAUGAUUAUGAUUCUUUCACCCUUCUCUUGAGUGCCAUAACUAGCAUCCUAGCUGGAUGACAGCAGUCACAAAGCUAAGACACUGCUUCUAAAGUUCUAGAGUGGACAGGUCUGGUGGGCACUGCAUCAUCUCUUCACUCUCAUGACCAGUGACAGGACUCAAGGAAAUGGAGUGCAACUGAGUCAGAGAAGGUUUAGGCUGGAUAUCAGGGAAAAUGUUUUUCACCCAGAGGGUGGUUGAGCACUGGAACAGGCUCCCCAGGGAAAUGGUCACAGUACCAAGCCUGCCUGAGUUCAAGAAGUGUUUGGACAACGCUCUCAGUCACAUGGUGUGACUCCUGGGGUGUCCUGCACAGGGCCAGGAUUUGGACUCAAUGAUCCUGAUGGAUCCCUUCCGACUCAGUGUAGUUGGUGAUUCUGUGAUUCUCUGCUGUCAAGUUUGAGGACUAGAUGGUAACUAAGGUAGAUGGGCUGUUUCCAGGAGGCAUGGAAAGGAAUAGAAGCUACCUACACUUUUUGGAAAGGAAUAACCAAGUGUUCAUGCUUUCCCUACUAUUUGGGUCUACAGGGGAUGCACAGUAAAGACUAACUACUCUCUUACAGGGCUCCCAGACUGCAAACAGGAAUUAGGGAGGGUCCGCCCCUGACACCAAUGCACUUCUAGAGUCAAAGCCUCAGUUUUAAUUGUUUCUGCUCAUGGUAGUUGGAUUAGAACAAAAGGACAAGGGAAUUUUCACUGGACCACUGCCAAGUCUCUCAUGAGAUAUUUAAUGAUUUCUAUGAGAAGGAGGGAAUGUGGGGGUUUUGUUAUUAAAACCAGCUUUUUUUGCUUCCACUGUGCCACGGCAGAUACAGGUGAGCAAAUGCAGGAAAGUCAGGUAGAGAUCAACUCUUUGUAUGAGGUUGCAAGAAGAGGUUACAGGUCUGUAAGCAUUUCAUCAAAGUGAUUUAUACCUGUGUGGGGCUAAAAAGUUAAGUCACUGCAUAAAACAGACUGGCAUCACAGUUGUAAAAAAAAAAAAAAAAAAAAGGAGAAAUUUUAUGUCAUCUCUACUCCAUUCAAAAGUCACAUGGAUCACACUGAACAUGAUCGCUAUUAAAUUAUCCCAUGAAGAAGAAAUUCAAUAGUAAUUUGCCCAUGGCUCUUCCCUAGACUUCCAAUCUCAGCUGCAAAGUUCACUUUGCUCCAUACAGACUUGUACAAAGGUUAUCUUGAUCUGAGAAGCAAUAGAGAAUGUUUGGGCAGGAAAAUGAAUUUUUAGAAGUUCAUGGUACAAUAAUGUCUUCCCACUGAGCCAUGUCAUGUUUCGGCUUUGCAGGAUCUUGGAAAUACCUUCCUUCUACAUAUCAGUUCAGCCUCAUCAGUGACAGAACAUGGCUAAGGCUUGCCUGAAAUCAGGAGUUUGAAUAGCUUUAGCCAAUCCAAUGAAAAGGCCAUGUGAACAUCCUCGUUUACUUUAAAUACACAUCCCAUUUCAACUAAAUUUAAUGAAGAAUUACUAUUGUGAAACUGAAACCAAAAAUCUUAAGCUAUAGUGAGCAUGUAGUCAGUGCACCCUGACUUGGUGCAAGUAGAUGAGUUCAAACAUUUUGGCAUUUUAUUAGAAAGGUUUCAUUAAAUUCUGCUUCACAGAAGUCAAAAGGCAGAGAACUGACAUUUUAUCUACUCUGCACUGAUGUGAACUUUAUUUGCUUCUGUGUUUUCCUUUGAACUAACAUCGUUUUUUGUUGGUUUCAUAUUUCCUGAGCACAAACAGAUGAUUUUUUUUCCCAUAAGUAGCUAUGACAUGGUUUGUGCUUGAUGCAUUUUGCUAUCAGACACAUCAACCUUAAAGCCAACCUAUGGUGUUACUGGCAGCUCAUGAAUUGUGUUUCAAAAUAAUAGCAGAUUAUGAUAACCUGCUACCUAUAAAAGGAGUCCCAUGAUGGAUGGGAAUGUACUCGGAGCAACAGGAAGCCAACUGUUCCAUUCCAAGGAGGCUGAAAAAAGGGAGAGGUGUGCUCUCUAUACUCCUUGGCAUUUCAUAUUGAGCAAAGCCAGCACCUAAAAAUUCCUGCUGAAUUCACAUUUGAAUAAAAAAAAAAAAGUAUGACUUAGGAUCCUUGAAAGAUUUUGCUUUGGUAAUUCAGUACAUUUUCAUUUUACAAUUCAUUUAACUUUAAUAAAGAGAAAACAUAUAAUAAAAUGUUAGGUAAUAAUAUGUGCUACAAUAGCACCAGUACUAGAAUAAAAAUAUAUAUAUAUUUUGACUUUAUAAAAAUUGAAUAUGUCACAAUAUCCUUUAGUGUGGAAUAAUAAAGAAUAAUAAAACCACUGCAAGUUCUUCUAACUGAAAAUUUUUCAUGCUUGGUAUCUUCCUUAGGCACAUUUUGAUUUUGACAAAGAUAUGAUAGAUUUCUAUAUGAUAGAAAAUUGUCUUCAAGAGUUUUCAUCCAGGUUCAGUUGCCACUGUUAUCCAUUCAAAAGAACAUGGGAGUUUGGAUGUUGUUUCACUUGGGAAGGUAAAAGCAAUUAUGGUUGUGCUUUUUUUUUGUGUCAUUUUCUUAGCUUAUGAAACAAGAGCCAAAUAUAAUUUUUUUAGUCCACAGCAGGAAAGACUAAGCAAAGAGUAAAGAAAAAAAGUGAAGAAAAAACUAAAUCUAAUUCAGAGGCUCAAUGGUGGUUAGAGCUGGACUUGUUCUGUAGAUGAAAAGCAGAGCAGCUACAAGCACAAGCCUUGUGUCCAAGGUAACAGAAAUGAGUGACCAAAUGAAAAGGAACAGAAAGGAGAAUGUCUUGAAGACAUAGGGACAGGGAAAGAGCGCUGUGGGGAGAGUCUGCAAUGGGACAGAAAGUCCUCCUCUGGGUUACCUUUUGCCAGAUCAGCACAGCAAAUGGGACAGGCUGAUCUGACAGCAGCAGCAGCAGCAAAAAUAUGAGCUUUACCGUUUACCCGGUUUGGCAGACUUGAUGAAUGACUCUUGAUUUCUAAUUUUUCUCAGUCCCAGUUAUAAGAUAUUCUUGGCCUGGGCUAAGAAACAGCCAUAACAUGUUGCAUGGUGUCCAAAUUGUGGAUGAGAGUUUGAAAAGGUGGCUGCUACUGGUUAGAAAACACCACAAACAACGAAGACAAGUUCAGAUUUAUUAUUGCAAACAUAGUAUCUGGGAGCCGGACUCAUUAUUCACUGAGAUCUGGAGCUCUCUGUAUUGCUUAUCAUUGAGAUGAGAGGCAGCAGUGAUGACUACCCUCAUUCUGAACCUGAAGAGGAUCCUGAACCAGUGGAGACACUGUCUGGUUAGGAAAACUGAACUCACUCCUUAGCAUGCAAAAAAGGGAGUUUGCAGGCAUACACUUCACUGCAGUGUACCAAUCAAAAGGAAUCAUACAACAGGAGACCUUAAUGUCUUUCCAAAUACAAGUUAAAAAGAAAUGAAAACUACAAAGCCAGUCCUUGAGGAUUCUGGGUAAAAAUGCCCAGCUUGAUAGGGGACGCUGCAGGGUUACACAGAGGAGCAGGUCAAGAAGCCUGCAGAAGGAUGGGUGCAGAACAGGGUACAGGCAAUGGCCAACAGCUGUAGUUCUGAGGUCCCAUUGCCUUGCAAAGCUGCCACUAUAUAUGCCCCAUUGAUAUUUCUUGCAUCUUGGUCUUGAAUCAUGAGGGCUAAUGUCCUCCUGCUUGGGGACUGUUUUUGUUUCCUGCUGUGUUUUGAGGUCCAGAUCAAUGCAAACAUGUUUGUUUGCAUCAGACCAAACAUACCCUGCCUGGGACUGGAUCCAGGUUUCCUAUUCCUCUGCAUUCAACUUUGGCAGCCGUAGGGCAACAUUUGUUCUGAAUUGCAAUUUAGCAAUUCAUGGAUCUGAAGUGUGCUUCUUUCUCCCUUGCUUUGCACAGAGAGUGCUCUGCAGUAUGUACAUGAGAGCCCAGGGUAUCAAGUCAAGCUCAGAAUUCAUGACAUCUUUACCAAUCCGUGUGCAUCUCAGGCACAAUGAAGGAGCAGAAAUUCCCUUUUAAGGAAGGUCUAGUCCUUUCAUCACUUCACAGUGAAUAAAAAUUUUGCAUCAAGCAUAGGUAGAAAUACAUAUUUUUCUCAGAAAUGUCCAACUUGCUAUUAUUGGACCAUCUGUAGUUACACGUCACACAACUUUGGGUAAUCCAAACUUCAGGAUUACAGGCUGCUGGGUUGACAAGAGGUGGGACCAAGGGUUUUUCAAAGGAGAGGUGCCAAGCAAUCUGUGACAGGGAUGGUGUCUACUACAGGAAAGUGAACUUUCCUAAUAGCAGGCGCAGCAGACCGUGUACAGGACGGGAUACUUGUUUCAAUUUAUUUGGUUUCUGAUACUUCCCAUCACUGUGUUUUUCCGCCUUUGACAUCUCACUUUUGAAUCUUUGCAUACAUUUCACAGGACCACAUUGCUGUUGGUAGCUGAGGAAGACUGGACAGGAGGGUCAGAUACCUCUGUGUAGGGGUCUCACCCUGAGUUCAAUGUGAGGGGACAUGUACUCAGUACACUGGAGCCUGGAGGACAACCUUCUCAUUCCUGAGAUCAAUACUUCCAUUUAUUGCUCUCGAAUCACUGUUCACUGCCUCCAAGCUCCUCAUCUCCAUUUUUCUUCUGGUGAAGGUUUAUUUUUUUUUCAGUUGAGCUAUAUGUUGUUUUCAGGCCGGACCUAGAACCCCAAUGACAUACACAUUUACAGGAUCAAGAAAGUUAUGGAUUUCAAAAAGGGCCAGUAUUGUAGGUCAUCUAUCUAGCCCAUUACAUAGGAUAAAUUUUAUCAAAUAAGAAAAAUUGAAUCAUUCAAUUGAAGAAAGGGUGGGCCCUUUUUUAAGACAUUCUGACUAUGUGAAGGGCAAAAGGAACUGAAAAUUGUCUUAAAGGCUCUCUGUCUUCAGAAUUGCCUCUAAGAACUGCUGCAUGUUCUUAACUUCUUAACACCAUGUGCUCACAUGUGGAAAGUCAGUCAUGUGCAGGAGAGUUUUCAGCUUUGGAUAAUGUAACUGCAGUGUGGUCACAGUCAUUGCUCAGAUGUGGAGUGUGACUCUGACAGGUGAUAUAUGUCACUGAGUUUUGGGAUGGGGUUCUAGGGAAAUGAGAUUGCCCUGCUGGGGGAUUAGUUAAUGGCUGGCGAUGCCUCCCUCCUUCCAUGGACUACAGCAGAGCCCAGAUGACUUAUUUCCCCUUAACUCCAGCAUCUGGGCAGCCAAGGGUGAAUGUGAUGACUCCCACUCUUACAUAGUCAAUGACUGUGCCAGAUGUUUCUGGAGGUCUUACCAUGCCACUCUGUGCCAUCCUGGGCCAACAGCUAAGACAAUGAAAUGGGCAUUAGCAAAGGGCUGUUACUUUGAUUUCACUUUAAUCCUCUUCAACACCUCUUUCCCUCCUGCCCCCUGCCACCCACACCAGCUCCCUGUCUCAGCCAGACCCAGUGCUGUCCCUGGUUGCUCUCGCAGAGCUGCAGGUCACAGAAAUUGGUCGCUGAAGAUGUAUCAGCUGGCAACUUGCCUCUCACCCAGGCUUGAGAGCACCUACCUUCAACAAGGAAAAUACACUCAAAGGACUGGUGAAAGCAUGAACUCAGUCAAUCUCUGUGAAUUUUUUACCACGCAGUUUUGGCACCUGUCUCUUUCCGAAGUCCAGGAGCGAGGUACCAAAUGUCCCACCAUACCUAUGUGUCUGAGACCAAGGUUCAAAAUACCUCAGAGAUUUUGUCUCCUGGGUUAGUCAGCAUUCUUGACCCACAGCUCCUCAAUGGCCAUCCACAGAGAAAAGGCACAAGCUGUCUUUACCUACAAAAUAGCUGUCCUUGCUCUCCCAGCAGAAGCACUAGCAAAGGUGCUCUUGUUUGCAUUCAGUUGCCAGUCAGACCUUCCCAAUGCCUUGUCACAGGCAACUGAUAUUUCCUCUCCAGUCUCCAUGAGUUUUGUCCAUCAAAGCAGCAGCCAGUGUUGUUUUAUGAUGUGUUGUAAAACUACCAUGCUACCCUGAGUGUGCUCAGCAUGGCUGCCUCAUUUAUCACUGCUCAGCCUUCACACUGGGACAUCAUCCAUCACUGCCUCCUUAGAGCUAAGAGUCAGAACCUGGUCUGUAGUGCUGCUAUAGCCCAGAGUCGUGUGAACACUCAUGAGCAGGUCCCUUUGUCCUCAGGCUUUUUUUUUUUUUCCAGGAAAUGUGACUUCUUCUUAUAUUUAGUUCCCAACCAAGACUCCAGAAUAGAAAACCCAACUUCAAAAUUCAAUUGACUGUGCCUAAUGGAGGGGAUUUUAAUGUGUAGCCUUUGACCCUUAUCUAUUAUUGAAGGAAAUAAAGACUUUUUUUGUUCCAUAUUAGAAGUUAAUGGCAAAAGAAAAAUUUGGAGGUUUUAAUUUUUUGAUUCUAAUAGUGACCUCCAUGUCCAUUGUGAAACCAUGAAUAAUCACUGCUUGAAAAAGGCAUUUCUAAGAGCAAUCUAGAAAGUGGACAAAGGAAUCUUUGAGACAUAUGCAGAAAAAAAAGCUCAAGAAUAUAUUUGUGGCUGGUUUUCAUCUUCUGCAAUAGAAAGACAAGCGUCUUUCCUGUUAUUAAUUAUAUUAACUAAUUGCAUUGAACUUAUGUCCUUAUGUCUCACAAGUUUAUUCUAUUCUAAUGAUACUAAUAAAAAAAUGAAAAAUGUCAACCGAUGUAAAACCUGUAAAUUCAGAGCCUUCUCUGACUCCUAGUGUCAUCAAAGGUUAAAAAUACCAUAGUUUUCAUCAAGUCUGUACAGUAAGGUGGAGAUAUUGUACUGCGGUUAACACAGAAAUAGGGCUUUGGUUGUUUCUGGGCUCUAACACCCUUGUUCUUCAGUGCUUUCCUACUUCUGGAUGCAGAGCUCUGUAAUGGAUGACAAAGUAGCAAAUGUGACUCAGGCACAUUAUUAUUCUCUCUUUGGGAUUUAGCCUCCCGUGCUGGAAGGCACUGUGCACAGCUUGCAGGGCAAUUGUCCUCCAGAAGAAGCCAAGCAGUGAGCAUGUACUCUGCUUUACACUCUUCUUUUGGAGGUGAAGCUUCAUAAAAGUGGCCUUCCAGGAAAUAGUCGCUACUGUGCAGGUAGAUGGGGACAGGCCAUACAUUGAUUGUGGUUUCCUGCGUUCCAUGAUUGAUAUGUGCAUUGUGGAAUCAUGCUUAUGGUUGUCAGUGAUGUCCCAGCAGAGAAAGCUAAGUUUAGUGACCCAGACCCUUGAAAUAUCUUCAGCAAAACAUGGCUACUUAUAAGGAGUGAAACAAACAGUAUUUAGUUUUUAAAUGUAUUGCUUUGCCAUUGUGGUUCAGCUUUCCAUCCACUCAAUAACUUGGACACAAAGUCGCAGACUGAGCAUGGUGAAUUUGGAUGGCCUGGCUAUGGAGAGAACAUGCUUGUCCUCAUGGGUGGGUGUACUUUGUCUUCUGGGGCUGCACUGGCCCAACCAGCAAUGCAGCAUAGUAGGGGCAGGCGUGUAGCCUGAAGCCUCUGCAAUCUCAUCUUCUACAUUCAUUUUCAGAUGAGGGGCCAUCUUCUGAGCAAGAUUUGGUCCAAAUGUUCCCACUGUACCUCUGCUUUGCUGCUUCUUGAGGGCCCAGUUACCGGUUCAGGUCCUCAUGCCCAUAUUUACAGGCUGUAUCCCACUUCACAUGCCUCUUGGGCAGAGCUUCCCAAUUUGUUCUUUUCCAGAAAGCACUUGACUUGCAUAUACUCAAACCAUUCUAUCAACCAAGCCAAAGUGUGAUAUAAGCAGAUGGCUAGCGACUUGCUUGAAAAUAAUGCUAUUGCUCCCUACAAAACCUCUAAUGUAGUAAACAUAUCUUAAGAAAGUUGUGUUGCCUGACAUGAGCUCCUACCUUGGAUUUGGUCACACAAGACUUCCCUUCUCUGAAGGCCCUCUAAAGUGUGAGCACGGCUCAGCAGCUCCUGCUGUUGCUGUUGGUACAUUCAGGACGUGGGGUGGUUGGCUGCACAGUGCUCCAUGAAUCCUCUGAUGUUAGAAUGGUGUAUAGAGCUUUGUGAGGAUAAACCAUGAAGUGGAAGGAGGAUCAGAGGAUGCUGAAACUUAUUCCUCUUGCUGGUGUGAAGAAUAGCACAAAACAAAUCCAUUGAAGAGGGGACAACUACAAACCCAUGGAAAAGCAUUGCAAGGUGGUAGGUGUUCAAAAGCCAUUGUGAGCAGUGGCAUUUCUUCCACUGACUUCAAAGCACAUUUGACCAGAAACCCGAAGAUGUGAUAAUAUUUAAGAAAUAAAGUUUAAUUUGAGGCAAAGAAACAUAGAUGUAGUAGUUUUCCCCUUGUAAGGACCCACAGUCUCUCAGCACUUGUCCUCCAGGCUGAGAGGUGGACAAAUGCCAGCAGCCAUACACUUUGCCCAACUGCCCAGAGGCUGAUGUUAAGCAGCAGAUUGGAGCAGUGACAGAAUAAGUAUGAUAUGCUAGUCUGAGAAAUAAAAACCAAAUGGGGUAUGCAUCAUUAGUGGCAACAUAUUUUUUUUCCAAACUUACAAUUUUAAAAAAAUAUCAAAUGAAUGGGUUAUUUUUUUGUUUGAUGUCCUUUGUUAAUUUUUAACUCCAAUGAAACAUGUGCCUCUCUCUCCUGAGCUAUUCUGUGAGACUCUGUUAGUGACAUUUUUCCAUGGCCAAGGGAGAACUUCUCCUAAUUAUUACCUCAUUUUUACCAUAAAAUUUUAAAUAGUAAAAAUAAUAUUUGUUGAAACUGGAGGUGGGAGUGCUCUUACAUUGUGCACACUCUUAUCUUGGCUGCCUUCCCCUCCUCUUAAGAAAACUGCAGUAGUGGUAACCUUUGCUAUUUCUCACUUGCAAGCAUAACUGAAGGGGCCGCCAAAGGGACAUGUGCAAGGGGUGUUGAACUUACACUGCUUUUCCCACAUAGCCUGGGUUGAACAAGCUCAUAUAAACAGGAGAAAUACAAUUCAAAUGUAGAAGAAACACAGAAAACAAGGUAAUAUUCUUAAAACCUCAAACAAAAUUUCCAGUCUGUGACAGAGAUGGGACAGGACCUGCAAUGCUUCCCAGGCAAAGAGCCCACUGACAGCAGCUUCUGAAGUGAUUGGGAGUCUGCAGAAUGAGCUGGUCUCAGAAGAGCUCAUUCUGAGCUCUCAGUGUUGAAUUGAUUCCUGAAAAAUAACCUGAGCUAACAAGCAGCUGAAUUACAUUUUGCAUACUUAUAGGCUUUGUGGAAGCCACAACAGUGAUUUUCAGACUCACACUUGCACCUUUGUAUGUGUGGUUUUAGUUUGGGGGUUUUUUUCUUGUGUUUAGUUAUACUGGCAUCUUUUGUAUUUCUUUGACUUUGCUUUUCAGAGAGUGGAAAACAUUUGUCAUGAUUUUGAUUCUGUAUUAGCAGCCUUCACUGGAUAUUCAGCCUACUUCUGGGCAGGUUUUACAUGGGAGUUGCUGUCAUGUCUGCAAAGUAUUUUAGAUUUAGACCUAAUUUAGAUUGCAAACAUCUGUCUCAGAGGAGCAACUCACCUACAGACAAGCUUGGAACAGUCCUGAAUAGACGAGCACAACACACGCAUGCUCUCGUGCUCUUUUUCCCUAUCUCAUGCAACCAAUACAGUAAUUCUCUCAGAAGGUCUCCUUCCUUCGAAGCAAGAUUUCAGCACUGAUCUAAAUCGUAUUACUCUAGGAAGAGGCAGAGAAGCCUUCCUGAAAUAUGCAACAACACAGAAGUUGUGGAGCUGUUACCACCAUGGACACCAAGCUCGAGGACUCCUGGUUAUGGCCAGCGCUGUGACCUGCCAAAACCCAGCCAGCAGCACCACAAGGCCACUGUCACCUCAGAGGCUGUCCCCAAGCAGCCUGUGUGUCAUUGUGUGCUAUGUGGUGAUGGUCGUGGCACAAACAAGAGACCCCCUUUCACAGCCACACACAAACAUCCCCCAUGUGAGAAAAGGCAGCAGCAAAAGUCAGCAGGAGAAGCUGAGGGCUGCACCCCCCGGGCCUGGGGAGCACCCUGAAUGCUGCUUGUUCCUGCAAACUUGCUGUGGAGAAACAAAUUACUCUGACCCCAGCCUUUUAUCCCUCUGGGGAUGUCUUAGGAAAGUAUGUCAGGGACUCUUGGAGAGCCUCUCCAGAAACUAUGGGCACAGCAUCCUGGCUAGUCAUGCAGGGUGGUGGCUGAUGGGAGCAGGGCUGACUAUAGGGGUACUUUGCCCAGGAUCCCUGGGUGGGAUGGGGCUCCUCUGCUUCGUGCUGACAGUGAUCAGCCCCCUGGAUGGGCCCACGGUGCUGUGCACUGCCCUCCCCACAGGCCAUUCCCCACAGGAAACUCAUGUUUCCAAAAGUGGGAUGUCCAAAUCCCACACGAAAAUGUGCUUCUGCUGGGUCACCCAACAUACCAGGGAAGUGAGCAACCAGCAUACAGACACACACCCUCAUGUAACAGCAUGCCACAAACAACACAAGUCCUGCAGUUGUGCCUCCUUAUAAUAACGCUUUCCACUUCCUUCCUAACCCUUUUUAAAUUCCUCUAAGAAACAUAUAUAUGCUCUGUUGAAUCUAUUGCUUAAAUAAGAUGGGGUAAACCUGUCAGAUACUUCCUCUUCCUUUUAAAAUACAACUUUGAUGAGUUUGUAAAACUGUCUAAUCCAGCAACCCCAGGCUGUGCGGGAGCACGUGUAGUGGCCAUAGGGCAGGGACAAUUGGUCCAGAACCUCAGGAGGCCACUCCUCCAGGCCAGGGGGACAGUAACAGCCUGCAGUUGCAGCUGGAUUCACCUGCAGGUUCUUUCUAAUCCUGACAACCUGAGGGGCAGAGCCUAAGCCACAAAGUCUGUAAGAAGUAAGUCCUGCACUUCUGCUGCCUUGGGAGAGACACAUAUUUGCGCUCAGUGUCUGCCUCUGUAUAUGUGCAUGUAUAUGUGUAAGUUUUCACAUUAAGUACCAUAGUAAAGUCAAAAGGUGUGUGCAAACAAAAUGCACACAAUUGAUUUAGUAAUUUAUACAAAGUUGAUUUAGUAAUCAAAUCUAAAAAUAACUCUCCCAAAAUGUCUAAAAUAAGGGAGAGCUGUUAUAUGGCUUUUUCUCCGUGGAAGCACUCAGUGCUGCAAAUGAUUUGUUUUUUCUCUCUGGUGAGACAAGCCAAGCUUCCCUAAGCCAAAGACAGCAUUCUGACCAAAACAUGGAUGGACCAGGUGGUGAAAAAUGUGGUACCUAAAAACAGAUCAGCCCAGGCAAAUACCCUGGGCAAAUUGCUUCAUGAAGAGGAUGACAAUAAGGCCAGGACUUGUGAGCUACAAGUACCAAAAUGACUGCAAUAUCAAAGAGGAAAGCCCAGCAAUAUCAAGGUUCAUCACUGUGUCCUCCAAAGUACUGCUGCCCUUCCGUAAGAGUAAGGUGCUUCCUACUGAGGUGCUGCAGAAUCCUGCCUGGAACAGCAAAGCAAAUUGGGCUCAGGAGCUUACCUUCACUGCCUCAGCUCCAAAAGGAAGAUGUAGUUUUGAGACCACUGGUGAUAAAAAACUGCUAUCCCUUCUGAAGGGAGGAAAAACUCUCCUGAUAUGAGGAAACCAAGGGAUUUGAUGGCAUGAAAGGCAGAUAGUGUCCACAAGACAAGUGAGGUGGAAACCCAUGGCAGGCACAUUUCAGUCUGUUUUUUCUUGGUGUAGGACAGCUCGUCUGUCAAAGGGAAUAAAACUGAAAAUGCAAGUAUGAAGGCUAGUUCUGUUUUUUCUUGCUCUGCCUUUGUCAGUGCUGAAGAGUCUUUGUGGAUGGCAGAAAGGCUGCAGAGAGGGCUCUGCACUGCCUGCCGGCUACCAGACACAGAAGUGGCUGAGGAAGAGAUGUCUGUGUCAUACCAGUACUGGUGAGCAGAUAUUUAAGCUCCUUUAUGUGACCUUGAUUCCUCCGUUGGGUCAAGCCAAAUCUGUGGCUAUUUUAAUGACCAAACAACUGGAGAACAUGUAUUGGUCAUAGUUUUACCCUUCAAACACUGCUGUAAUAAUGAUGUUCCUCUUGCAGAGAGUCUCCAUCUUUUACUUGAGCAACUUGACCAGUAUAUUACUUAGCAAAGAGGAUGUCCUAGGCACUGUUGUGUGUACAUUAAGUAUACUAAUGAACACACAAAAAGCCACCCUGGAUUUGGAAUUUUGAUACCUUCCCCUCUUUCAGUCCCUUUCCAGUUGUUUUUAACCAUGAAGGAAAGUAUUUCAAUAUCUGAUCUAAGCUUGGUCAUGAAAAAGAGAAUAAGUGGAAGUUUGGUUAAAAUCUCUGAAGAAGAAGGGACAGUUUGUGCAAUUGCUGAGCUUUUUCAUUCUAUGCUGAAGACUGAGCUUAAGUAUUCGUUCACCUCUGGGCACAAUUAGUCUCCUGACAUCUGCAGAAAUUUCUGAAAUUUAUCUCCUCAUCUUUCCAGAUUACAACAUUGCUUUUCUGCCAGCCUGCUCCUUAUGGUAGUAUUAACUUAUCAUUUCUUUUUAUGGGCCUGUGACCAAGACAGUAGAAUCUCCUAAUCUGCAGCAGGCAAAAUACUUUUGUGGUAUGCUCUUUUUUUUUUUUUUCUAACCCUUCAUCGGGAUAAUGUGAAAAAUUUGGAGAAGACAUUAUCAACCCUCCAAGUUUUAUCUUUUGGAGGCAAUAAUUGGAAGACUUCCAACUCAAACCUUUUCUCUCACACUUCUGGAUAAAAAGUGAUUAGAUUUGUUCCAUUUACUGAGAUAGUGAUCUGACUGAAGAGAAGAAAAGAGAUACAGUGAGGGAACAUGGUGAUGGAGAAAAUGACAAACACUCUGAGGAAGAGAAGGAAAAGUAGGGAAAGCAUGCAAAGAAGGAGUGAAACUGAAAAACUAGAGGGAAAAGUUAGAAAAUACAGAGCAAAGAGAAAUGGCUAAAAUCUAAUGGAUCGGUUUGGUAUCCCAGGACAGGGAGACCAAACCCACACAGGGUUCUAACUAGUUUCCAUACUCUGGGACAGGAGUAGAAUUAAAAGGCUCUGACCUCACCUAUACAAGCUGAAAGAGGUGUCAAAAAAGCAAUGAUUCAUGUGUAAAAGUCAAAGUGGGAGUAGAGGGGUUCCACGCAGCCCACACUAGGCAACCCCAUGGCUUCUGAAGAGUCCAUGCUCCGAAGAGUUGCAGCUUCCAUCCAUGAGAAAAGGCAACAGCUGAGGCAGAACAGCACAGCGAGAGUACAAGUAGACUUCAGCUGGGCACAUGCAUUUGGGUUAGGCAUUUUGGGAUACUUCAUAGCACCAGGUAGGCAUUUCUGGUGGGAUUUUUUUUGAAAAUUUAAGGAUUUCUGAGAUAAGUCAAAUAAAUUCCUCUGCGCAGGUGCACUGACUACAAAGGCGGCCAACAAUGACCAGUUCUUAUUUAGACUCCCUCCUCUUAAAACAGCGCGUUCCCUAUAUGUCUGUACUAAGUAAAGUGGAAGGUGAUGUACUGAGAAGAGUUUAUAUAUCCACAGUAGAACUGCAUGAGGAAUAAAGUUUGACUAAGAUUAUUUAGUUUCUUACAGGGGUUAAAGAGUAUUUUGAAAGGCUGCCAAUAAGCAUUUAUAUGGCCAUAAAUUUAUCCUUUCAUAGGCAACUAUUUCACACAAACUGCAAGAAUUGAAGUUCAAGGCUCUGACAAGUUCUUUGGGAUUCCAGAAGUCCAUGGUACCCAACUUGUAUUUGGAGUAUACUGCCUUCCUAUUAAACUUUUCUGGCAUAAGGCUCGUAUUUUGGGAUAAUCUUUUCCAUAUCAAAGCACAUGGCUUUGGGCUAUCUUCCCAAAACAUAAGACAGCUCUGCUUGGGAUCAUGUGAUGGACAGUAUUGCUGAAACAUAAUGGAGGGAACCACCUUAGCCCAUGAUGGGAAGGACUGGGGCACUAGGCUAAAGCCAAGAAGUGAACUCUUCCAAGAGGUGCCUUGAGCCUCUUUGCUCAUGUGCAUCCCCAGCAGUAACUCAACUGUGAUUCUACACACCAGGUACACAGGGCCACAGGACACAGGAGAGCCACAGGACAGUCACAGGACGCUACUCUCCAAAUGUGGAAGAUGAAGAUCCAACAGCAAAAGUGCAUGAAUUCCGAUUUGUGAUGUUUGUGUUUUGAGUAGGAAAAUUCCCAGGUCUGCUACUAAUCCAGGACAGACUAUAACAACUACAAAUCCAAACUUAGUAUGUGUUGGGUCAUCAUACUUACAAAAACAAAGAAGCAGAAGAAAGAGGUUCACAGGCUUUACUUGCAUUUGAAAUACAUAAAAACUGCAGUGCCAUCACAUAUAUUUGCCAGGUACUGACUUAAUAUCCCUGAUGCUGUUUUUGUUAACCAAUGGUUGUUUCGUUUCUCUAGAAAAUGUUCUGGAAGAUUUCCAUGCAUUCAGCUUCCAGGAAAAUAUUUCUAUAAAAUUGCCACAUUAUGGUUGUGCAUGGGUGUACUCUCUCAUCCUAUACAUUUGAUGUGUCAAUUGAUAUAUUUAAUAAUAUAAUAUACUGGUUCAUGUCCAAAUAUGCAGACACAAACACAUGUGACCUAAUAUGUUCUGGAUACUCUACUGUGUUCAAAAGGGUUUUUUAAGUCUUCAAAAUGUAAUUAAAAGAAGAAAUUAUUUUCUCAGUUCAAAGUGUUCCUUUUCUCAGUCUACUGUCAGGACUGGCAAGUUAAAGGAAUUAAUAUGCCUUGGUAAGGUCUGCUUUACACAAGCUGAAUAAACACUUAAAAUAAUCAUUUGACAUUUAUGUGUGAUAAACACUUGAAGAACACAUAUUUGUCAACACAAAAGAAGGAACUGAGCUACACAGUUCUGAUCUGGAACUUUCAGGCUCUGUCACUAUGCCACCAGCAGUGGCCAGGAAACCCUGGGGCAGGUAAGCCAGCCUCCCUCUUUUCUCAGAACCCUUGCCACUCACCGUGUGCAACCUACCAGGAAAACACCCUGCCACAUUUGCCAUAUUCCUCUUUUGGCAACACUCAUGGUAUGUUUCUGCAUGUGGCUGUAUAGCAGCAUUGCAAAAGAAUCUGGGAAAUGUCUUCUGUGUGUUGGAGAACUCCAUCUGGGAGUUUGUUUUUGAGUGAGUUUAUUGGCUCAGCAUCUUCCACUCUCUGGUAUUCUUUUUUAAAUGACGGGAAAAAUGCUUUUUCCUGUCAGCUUCCUGUACAACUUCAUUUAGAAGUUGAAGAAAGAUCUUUAACAGUGAAUCUAAUAAACAUUUAUUUGUUUCUCUUACAUCACAGAAUGCACUAACCAGCUGUCUCAUUCAGCAAUAACCACAACCACUGCAAAAUCCUCCAGAUUUUCCAGGAAGGGGACAAGAAGCCAGCACUGAAGCCAGUGUACCCAUAAGCUCAAGUACACAUGCUACAGAUCAAUACAGUUUGUUGAGUACUUGCCACAUGAAUGUGAUUAAAACUUGAAAAGAAGUACGUCAGCUACAGAGAAGUGUUCAAGUGCUUCAUAUAAAUAACAGAUAUGAUAUGGUUUCUUACCAUACAUGAUGACAGAAUUUCCCCUUGGAUGUUCUCAAAGAGCAGACUGACAACCUCAAUAACUUUCAGUUUGUAGAGGACUCAGAAUACCUAAAGGUGAGAAAUUUGGAUAAAGGGGAAGAAGGUAGUAAAAAAAAAGCUGGGAAAUAGGGGGGAUUCUGAGGUUGAAGGAUUUUAUCUCUAAUUUCAUAAUUUAAUCAUGUCUGCGGAACUAAUAUCCGGUUCCUUUUUUGCAAUUCCUUGUCUUCAUUACUCUCAAGUUCUUUUCCAUCCUGUAUGUACUUUUGUCUUGAAAGGUUUCCACCAAUUUGAAAUGUGGUCUCUCUAAAAGCAAAAGGUUAUUUUAAAUUGCUUGAUUUUACAUAUUCCUACUUUUCCUGUUACUUUUCCACCAUUUCUGUACAACUACUUCUUUGAGACCUCCUCCUCAGUGAAAGGUUCAAAUCAAGGAAGACAAACAGAACAGGAUAAUGUCUUCUUAGAAGAUGAGUACAGGAUUCCCUUGUAGACCAACCCUGUUAGCAAGCAAUGGGACUGAAGAAGAUUCAAAUGGCAAAUCUGUACCCUAGGUAGGGUAGAUAGGCUGUGGAAAAUGAUCAAAGAAAAAAAAAAUAAAUGUCCUGGAGAUGAACAGCUUUGAUUUGGUCCUCCUGUGACACAGGCUUUACUGGCAAGAUUACUUAUUGACUGGAUAGCUUAUGAUGGCAACUAGAUGAAACUGAAUGAACCACAAUGGAAAUGUGGCAGGGCUGGAUCACAGAAACAUAGACUGCUUUACGUUUGAAGGGACCUUAAAGAUCAUCUACUUUCAACCCCCCCACCCACAUUGGGCAGGAGUGCUACCCACUAGACCAGGUUGCUCAGGGCCCCAUCCAACCUGGCUUUGAAUACUUCCAGGGAUGGGGCAUCCACAACUUCUCUGUGCAACCUGUUCUAGUAUCUCACUACCCUCUGAAUCUAUUCCUAAUGUAUAAUUUAAGUCUCUUCUCUUUAAUUUUAAACCCAUUCCCUUUUAUCCCAUCAUUAUCUGUCCCUAUAAAUAGUCUCUCCAUCUUUUUUUAAGCCCCCUUUGAAACCAUUGCUGGUAGACUACCAAAUUUAUAAAGUUAUAAAUUUAGAAGGAAUUGAUAGAUAAGACAAGAGAUGAAGGAAAACAUAAGACAACUUCAUGGGGGGGAAAAAACUCUAACCCUGUGUUUUAGCCUUUAUUUUGGAAAAACUGAAAUUAAACACAAACAUCGCCUAUGUUUCUGGAAUCCCUCGUAUUGCAUAUCAGUGGCUGCCAGGAGUAAACUGUGGAAGGAUCACUCUGUGUUUCUUGUUUUCCCAUAGACUUCCUUAGAUUUCCGUCACAGCCACUGCUGCAGAGAAGUUAUGGCUGUAGAAGGGCUUCUGGUCUGAUGUGAUGUGGCCUGUCUUCCAACUGGGUUUUAUUCCUGCUUCUCUGAUGGUACUCACGGACAGUGUUAAGUAGAUCACUGAGCUCAUGACAAAAAAUUGGGAUUUGGCUUCUUUGCAGAUACUUAAUACUUGCAUUCUUCUCAUUGACUGUUUCCCUGAACCCUGGCUUUGAGGGUGACAAAUGCUUCUAGCAUUUGACCAAAAUCAGUGCACAAAAUAUACACUGCAGUUUUCAAACACUGAGUUUCAUGUAAACGUAGGGUGACACGAACACUCCACAAAGCAUCACCUGCUGGUCCCAAAUAGGUACCAGCCCUCUUCACUUCACCUUGGCCCAGCAGAAGAACAGAGCUUUCUCCACCUCUCCUCUGAGAUGCUGUGGAAAUAAACACUGCUGAACUGGCUGGUCACACAGGGCCUGUUGUGUCACUGUGCAAGAUAAGCCCGUGGGAAACACUCAUUCUGUACAGAACAUGGCUGUAAGUAAGUAGCCAGUAAUAACAGUAAGUAGCCAAAAAUAACAUUUUGUAUAUGUGCUAAUGCAGUUAGUCCUGUACUAUAAAGCAAGAGACCAAUGAAGCAAGUACAGCAGCCAAAGAAAUCAAUUUUGCUGAUGAGGCAGUGAUAAUUAAAAAAUCUGUUUCUAGUUAAUCAAGUAACUCAGAAUCAUUCUUUGGUCAAGCUAAUUAAAGCGGUGCACAAAUAUCUCACAGACUUGCUCCUGUCUGUGUUUGUCCAAUGUAAAAAGGCAUAUUCCUGGGACAAUCCAUCACGUGGUGUGUGGCUUGUGGUACAGAACUGGCUUCGAUUUACAUUUUGGUAUUUGCCAUUAGAAAAUCACUUCUUGUACUAGGCUGGGGAAUAUUACAGUCAUUCGCAAAUCAUUAGUCCUCCUCAGCUACCAAGGAUGUGGUCCUUUUGGAAAUAGUGAUUCCAUCCUACCCCAGCCAGAUUUCAUCCUCACCUCCUCUCCUCUCUCAGAUUAAUGCAUCUCUCCGUACUCUGCUUAGGGAUUGAUGGUGUGUGUCACUUCCCACCUCCAGGCAGUAAGGGCAACUGUCCCGGAGAGAGAAGCCGUCAUUAUAAAAGGCGGUGACGGCUGGUCCCUCAAAAUGAUGGGGGAGCUCUUUUCAGCCGAUGUCCACACAGCUACCCUUAGGCAGCCGCAGUUUGACACCUCGUCUCGCAGGCAGCGGUGCCAUAGGCCACCCAGCCCCGGGGAGGAAGGCAAGGCUCACUCAGUGCUAACGCUGUUGCCCUCUCUCUCCUUCAUCCCCCGCAAUGACCCCUGACGCCCUGCUCCCUGAGGGUCCCCCAGCUGAUGCGCACUCUAAUGCCUCCCUCUCCACAUCCUCUUCUCCGGGGGGUGUGAUAGCGAGUGCAGGGCGCGGGGGUAGCAAUUACCACCCAGCGUUUCUUUCCCUCCGGAGCCCAAACGACGGCACUUCCCGGUGCCACCGGGGCCCCUGUCCCGACAGGACCCCCCUCACGGCCGGGGCAGCCGCCCUGCCCGCCUCACGCAGCACAGGCAGGUCCGGGCGGGGGCCGCCCCGCAGCACCGGAAGGGGCUCCCCCCGACCCCCGCCACCCGUGCCCCUCGAGCCGCCUGCUGUGCGUACCCCGCCGGCGGAGCUCUUUACCCCGCUCUCGGAGCCGUUUUCGUUUAGCGGCGAUCGCUUCGAGACAGCAAAUAUAGGUUAGAAUUUCCACUAUCAAAAAAAAAAAAAACAAAAAAACAAAAAACCAAAAAAACCCACAAAAUAACCCCCAAAAUGGUGGGGAGACGCAAAAAACCAGGGAGGGGGUCUAGUUUGAAGCGCUGGGAUUAAAGAUCUGUGCUAGUUUCAAACGCUUAUAAAACGGCCUGAAGGAUGCUAUUUUGCUGCAGUCUAGGUUAUUUCAGCCCGCAGUUGCACAACAAACCAUUUAAACAUUUCAGCACAAAACAGAUUCCAUUGUUGGGCUGCACAUUAAAAAGUGUUAUUCGCUUUGAAGUUUUUGUCUAAUGGCUCUAAACUGAAAGAAAAUGUUUUCCUAUUACUUAAUUCAAUCAUAGCGAAGAGGCUUGGUAAAAAGCCCACGGAUUUUGCCCAAAGUGUGACAGAGUUCUCUUUGUGUUUGCUUAUCCUCUGCUGUCACACACUUUAAUUCGCCUCUCUUUAUCUGGCAUUCAAAACUUUCUUCAAUGACAUUCAAUAAGGUCCAGCGGCUGGAAAAAAAACUGGUUAUUUUUUUGGAUAUUCUUUCCCAGUAGCUUUGGGCUUGGUGUGCAUUCAGAAGCUGUUAACCCUUUGCCUCCCUGCGGCUCGGAGCCCCGGGGUUCAGCCCCCGGGCAGCGGGAAUCCCUCAGCAUAAGCCUGAAUCCACCACCCCCCGGUGGCGAGACACUUCUCAGCGGGGAGAGAUGCCCCUUACCGGGCGCCAGCUCCAGCGGAAAAUGUUUUAAAAUACCUUUCCCUUAAAAAUAAAACAAACAAACAAACAAAAAAAUCCAAACCCUGUUAACGCUUUCAGGGGAAGGGCACUUGGGAAUCCUUUCUAUAUCGUUGCGAGACUGAAUGUUUAGUAAUAUUCGUUUUUGUUCGCUCUGUAAUUUUCGUCUUUCAUUUUUGCACAUCAAUAUAUUUCUAGGCUCGGGCAUCAACAGUAUCUCGGCAAAACUUCCGUGGAUUUCAGUGAGGAAUGUGAACACAGACACAACAACCUCUGCACAGCCGGAGACACUGGAGUACACUGCUUUCAAGGCUUUUACUUCUUUUCCCUCUUUUUUCACCCCCUUUAAUAAAAGUCCAUUUAGUUUCGAGGCGGGGAGAUUACUGCAGGGAGUAAUCUCUCCACGUUUUGACAGGAGUCGAUGGAUGCGUUUGUCUUUUUACUCCCCGUAUAUUAAAAUUGGGAAAAUCGGGGGAGAUAUUGCGAUAAUUUUUUUCUUAUUUGUUAGCAUUCUUUAUUCUCCUACUAAAUCAACAAGCUCCACAGAGUGCGACGCCGGGAGCCGCUGCGCGGAGCAGCGCCGGUGCGCGUUAGCUCUGACGGACGCGCACUCGCUUUGGAGGCUGCCGUGAGCUUUGCAGAUCCCUGUGCUAAAACAUUCAGGCACCGCAGCAGUGUUUAAGUUAAAUCCCAUCGUUCGGGAGAAAUGAGCCGUUUCCCUGUCGGUCCCCAUGGCCCCAGGGGCUCCCCGGCGCACUUGUGCGCGGCGAUGCGGGGCCGAGCCUGAUCGGUUUGGUGGCGGCCGGGACCGGGGCCGCCGCACGUGGAGAGCGAUGGUGCGAUGGCAGGUGUUAUCGGUGGCAGGUGCUAAGACCGAGCAGAGGGACCAGGUAUAAAGAAUGCGGAAUGCGCCGAGCGCCUCUUCUCCCUCUGCUGAAGCGCCCGCCGCGGGUGCCGCCGACACGGAGCGGUGUCUGUGUGUCGGGUUUUCUAUACCCGCACCAGUGCAGCCGCGAUGCUUGUGGCGCUCCAUACCCGUUAUCUGUGCCCGGGCGCCUACGCCCACACAGGGGCCUGGCGGAUGUCCCUGCCGAUGGAGCAACGGCGGGCACAUCUCUGCGGCCAGAGGUUUCGCCCGACGGCGGCGACAGCGAUAAGCGGCAGGUCCUGGCACCGGGCUGUGAACAAAGACGCGGGGUUAGGGACGGCGGCAGGCGCGGUAGUGGGGACGAAGCAUCCCGGAGGCGAGAGGAGAGAGAAAGGCCGUCGAGGCUGGGGGGCCGACCUGGUGCCACAGGUGGGAAAGGCGCCGGGGGCCUGGCAGGGGAAGCUGGCGCCGGCGGAGACCGCGGCUGCAGCCGGCAAAAUAAACAGGGGGGAGCGGGCUGAAAGCUGGGCUGAAAGCGAAGGAGAGCGAUAAAGAGAAAGAAAAGAAUAUUAAAUCGCGAGAGAAUGAGAAAAUAACCCCGCCAAAGGGAGAGGAGGGGAGAGGCCGCCUGCUACGGCGUGGGUGGGGUCGACAAGAAUAGAGUACAUUAUGCAGUUCAUUUAGUUAACAAGGGAAAUAAUGAGGGAGCGUGCGGCGUGAAUGCCAAGAGAAGAGCCACAGAAAGCCCAUUGAGCGCCCGGCGCCGCCAUCACAUGGCGCGGGCGCUAUUUAAAGCGGGCGGCGGGCCCCGUUCAGCACCACUCAGGCUGGCCAGCGGCGCCGCGCGGGGGCUGCGCGGGCGCUGCGUGGGGCCAUGCCGCGCUCCUUCCUAGUGGACUCGCUAGUGCUGCGGGAGGCGGGCGAGAAGAAGGGGGAGGGCAGCCCGCCGCCGCCGCUCUUCCCCUACGCCGUGCACCCCUCGCACCCGCUGCCCGGGCUGCCGGCCGGAGCCUGCCACGCUCGCAAGGCCGGGCUGCUCUGCGUCUGUCCGCUCUGUGUCACCGCCUCCCAGCUGCACCCGCCGCCGCCUGCCAUCCCCCUCAUCAAGGCCUCCUUCCCCCCCUUCGGCUCCCAGUACUGCCACUCGCCCCUGGCCCGCCAGCAGCACUCUGUCUCCGCCGUCAGCGUCGGGCACGCACCGGCGCUCUACCAGGGCGCCUACCCGCUGCCAGACCCCCGUCAGUUCCACUGCAUCUCCGUGGACAGCACGUCCAGCCAGCUGCCCAGCAGCAAGCGGAUGCGCACCGCCUUCACCAGCACGCAGCUCCUGGAGCUGGAGAGGGAGUUCGCCUCGAACAUGUACCUCUCCCGGCUGCGGCGAAUCGAGAUCGCCACCUACCUGAACCUCUCCGAGAAGCAGGUGAAGAUCUGGUUCCAGAACCGACGGGUCAAGCACAAGAAAGAAGGCAAAAGUAGCUCACACCGGGGCGGGGGGAGCGGCCACAGCUGCAAAUGCUCAUCCCUUUCCACCAUCAAAUGCUCGGAAGACGACGAGGACUUGCGCAUGUCUCCGUCCUCCUCGGGGAAGGACGACAGAGGUCUCGCAGUCACGCCCUAGCCCCCCGCACACCCACCCCGGCUCCCCAGGAACUGUGGCGAGAGCAGGGGAAGGAGGCCUGCCUGCCCCGGUGCUGAAAUGCAGCCGAAGGAUUUUAUAAUGUUUUGUAUAAUUUGUGUAAUUUACAAAGGACUUUCUAGUCUUUCUAGACCCCCGGCCCACGAGGACGGGUACCCUGGCACCCUGUUGUAAAUAAAUUGCUCCCUAGGACCCCAGGCGCCCCCCCGUAGUGCUCUCUCACUUGUCUCCCCACAGGCACAGCCCCAAGCCCGGGAAGGUCCUCGCAGACCUCCCCGCGCACCGAGACGGGCGCGGAUGCUGCGCGGUGCCGGGAGGUGCGUCCGCCUGGAGUGUUGCCUGUCCUGAGCUUUCUCCGGUAACUCGGCGGUGCCUGAAAGCAGGCGGAUGGGGAGGGUCGAAGGCUGCUUGGAUUAUUAUAUUUUCCUUUUCCCCUUUUUUUUUUCUUUCAAAAAUUGCUCUCGGUUUUGUUUCGACUUAGUCGCUGCCGGGCACACAGCUGUGGUUGUACCGUUCCGUCCCACUCCCUCCCCCUGGGAGAUAUUUAUUUAUUUAUUUAUGUGCAGAUGAUGGCGAUGAUAAUAAUGAUUAUGAUAACAAUAAAAGCUCGUUGGUGGUUUA